UAUUUCCGCUUGAGUCUUCUUAAAAAUAAAAUUUAUAAAUAAAAUAAUUACGCUUAUUGUGCCUUCUAUUAAUUAAUUAAUUAAUUAAUUUGGUAAUUAAUUUUUAAAAUAAAUAAUUAUAAUUAAUAUUAAAAUUUAUAUAUAUACAUAUAUAUAAAUAUAAAUAAAAUAUAUGUAAUAUAAUAAAGUUGAUCAACUCGAUGGAUACAAAAAGAACAAUUGAAGCAAAUAAACAAUUAGAUGGUAAUUGUUUAAUUAAUUAUGAAUUAACAACAAAAAAACCAACAAAAGAACAAGAGGAAGAAGAAGAGGAUAAAAAUAAAAAAUUAAUUAAUGAUGCUAAUGAUAAUGAUGGAAAAAAAUCCAUUGACAAAAUAAUUAAAAAAAAAAUAGAUUAUGAGGGGAGUGUAAUUAUUUGGCGUGGAAUUUUGGACUGGACAGAACCGAUUAGAAAAAAUUUUGAUGUCAAAAAUGUCGAGAAAAAACAAGAGGCUGGAAAUGAAGUUGGAGGUAGCGGAGGAGGCGACGAUAAAAUUAAUGAUAAUAAAUCAAAUGAAAUAAUUUGUAAAUUACUGGUAUGGAAUAUCGAUGAUAAAAUAAUCGAUGUGAAAAAAAAUUUGCCGGAUAAAUUGACAAUGACUUUGAUGCGCAAACAAUUUAUUAGAAAUACUGAUAAGAGUUUUUUUAAUAAUGCUACCAGAACGCUUUUUGAUAUGGAGGCUUGUGAUAAAUUGAAUUCUUUGACUAAAUUUAUGAAUAGUGGUUAUUUUGGAUGUAUAUUUUUUUCAUCAAAACCUAACAGUCAAUCAUCAUUACAAUCGCAAUUAACGACUAAAAUUAAUAAAGUAUGUACACUUCAUUAUGCAGCAGAGCGUCAAAUGUACAUCGGAUUUUUUUUAAAUGAUACAACAAAUUUUUUAAACCGUAUGCAUGAAAUAAUUCAGUACCAGAUCGGAAUUGAGACAUUUUUUAGACCUGGUAAAAUGACAGUACCCAAUCCUGUAGUGUCAUCAUUUUAUAAAGAUUUUAUCGUUGAAGAAUAUAAAGGUGAGUUGAUACAACAAUUAAAAAGUAUACCGAGAAUAAAAGAAGAGCGUAAAGAAAGAGCUAAAAUGUCACAUGAAAAUAGUCAAUCAAAAAAAGUUAGAGAACGUAAAAAAUAUUUGGAGAAACAAAAAAUAAGACAGCAGCAGCAGCAAAAAAUCGACCAGGAGCAAGCAGAUAAAAAAUUAGAGGAAACGAUUAAAUUUCAAAAUGAAAUGCUGGAUCGAUUACCGGUUGUCAAAUCGAAUGGCAAAAAUGAUAAACAGAAGAUAGUUAAAGCUCGUGUUAAAAUCGAGGGACAGAAUAUUGAUGAGAUAAACAAAAUUUUUGAAAAUCGAGGAGUCAAAAUGGAGGAACGGAUGAGAGAAAAUGACGACAGGGAUGAGAGUAAAUUAAGUGAGUUUAUGGAAUUGCAAAAUAAAAUGUUUGACCAGUUGCCGAUUUUGGUUAAACAGGAACAGGAAAUAGAUGGUCAUAAAAUAGAUAUUGAAAAAAAAAUAUUUGUUCAAAAAAAAAAAGGAUCGGAGGAAAAUAAGUUUGAAAAAAUUCAAAUAAAAAUACAACGAAAAAUUUUUAUUGAACCUAAAAUUGAUGAAAAAUUGAAACAUAUUAAUGAAAAAAAAAAUUUUUUACAACAACAAGUUUCUAUUAAACAACAACAACAACAACAACAAUGUUCCGCUAAACAAGAACAACAAAGUUCUGCUAAACAACAACAAAGUACUGCUGAACAACAACAACAAGAUUUUGUUGAGCAACAAAAACAACAACAAGAUUUUGUUGAACAACAAAAACAACAACAAUGUUCUGUUGAACAACAACAAAAACAAACUUUUGUUGAACAACAACAAGAACUAAUUUCUGUUGAACAACCACAACAACAGAAUGAAGUUGAACAACAAAAACAACAACAAAGUUCUGUUGAACUACAGCAACAACCACAAGAAAAUUCUUUUGAACAAAAACAAGAUUCUAUUGAACAACAAAACAAUUCUACUGAACAACAACAACAACAAAAAAUUGAUGAAACUCAAAGAAAUUCUAUUGAACAACAACAAAAUUUUGUUCAACAACACAAACAACAAAAUUUAGAAAAAACUCAACACAAUAUUGCUGAAAGUCAACAACAACAAAAAAUUGUCGAACAACAACAACAACAACAACAACAAAACAAUGAAAUUGAGAAAAAUUCAGACAGUCAAAAUUUAAGUGAAAGUGAUUCAAAGUCCAACCAACAACAACAACAACAACAACAACAAAAUAAAACAAAACAAAAUGACAAAGUAGUAAUACUUCAAGAACACAAAAAGCAGCAACAAAAAGAAACAGAACGUAAAAAAGAUGAAAAAAAAUUGAAAAAACAGCAGCAACAACAACAGCAACAAAAAUUAAAGGAACAAAAAAAUUUACUGAAGACAAUAAACCAUCAGCACAAUCACCAUCACCACCAUCACUCGUCAUCGUCAUCUAGCUCAAGUAUCGUGACUAAAAAAAUAGAAAAAACAAUUCCGUUGCUUGUAACACAGAAACAUUCGAUUUUGUGGCAGGGGUUACUUGAGUGGCAUGAAAAAAUUAAGUGUCCUGGUGAAAAUAAUAAACAAAUUCGGUUCAAUGUCCUCUGCCAAAUGCUGUCACACACAAGCGCAACGAACGCCGAAUUAAAAAUGAAUUUAUGGCCGCCAAAAUUGAUAAUGCAGCUGAUACCCAUGCAGCUGAUUAAUAGUAUUGACAGAAACUACUUUUUAAAAACUAAACAUAUUUUUUGUAAUCUCAUUUCCUGCACCACUUUGGACUCUCUGAUAAAUUCUAUGAAGACUGGCAAAAUUGGUUUGAUUUUAUUUAAAUCAGAUCAACAAUCGACAUCAAAAUGUGACAUUAGAGUUUUUAUUCUACUAUACAUUGAAGAGAAACGCGCGUUCUUUGGGUCAUUUCCGGAAGAUCAAAUAACUUUUGCUAAUCAUUUGAGAAAAUUAAUUGAGUAUGAAAAAGGAAUUGAAGCCAUUAUCAAACUGAGACAUCAACGUGUUGAUAAUUCUAAUAAACAGGUUACGAAUUUAGCUGACGCAUUAUUACCACAACAAUCAAAUAAUAAUAAUAAUAAUAAUAAUAUUAAUAAUAAUAAUAAUAAUAAUAAUAAUAAUAAUAAUAAUAAUAAUAAUAAUAAUAGUAAUAAUAAAAAUAAUAAUAAUAACAAUGGUGCCAAUGGAAUAAUAAAUCUUGAAAAAAUAGAUUUUGAUACUUUAAAAAAUGCACGUCAGCAAAAUUUAAUAAGAAUUCAAUUAUUAAAAGAAUUAUUAUCAGAAGCUGAACAACAGGAAGUUCUUUUUAAAUCACAAAUUGAAAUAAAUAUAAGGAAAAACAUUGAAAUUGCUAGACAAGAAAUGAAAAAUAAGGAAGAGGCUCAAAAAGGAAACAAAAGUAGCAAUAGUUGAUUCGAGAGGCAAAAAUUUAAAUGGCUAAAAUAAUAAAUGGUUUUAUAAAUUUAUAUAAUUGUAAUUAGAGAAGAAAUGUCGAUUAAAUUGCAGAAGAAAUUUAAAUUGUGAAUUAAAUAAAGGAAGUCAAUGAAUUUAUACGAAAUUAAUACGUGUUACAUUAAUAUUUUUAAAUUUAAUGUAAUAAUUAUUAUUUUAUAAUCUUUUUAAAUAUAAAAAUAUAUUUUAUGUAUAUAUA